AUGAGUGGUUUUAGAGCUUUUAAAGCAAAAGUUCCCAUUGAAUGGAGCCAGAACUUGUACAUAACCUUAGUGAGAGGUUUCCCAGGAACCAGGAAGCUUCACAGGCGAACUCUUGAAGCUAUGGGACUUAAACGAUGUCAUCGUACUGUUUUGCACUCAAACACUUCAUCCGUUCGGGGAAUGAUUCAACAGGUUAAGAGGAUGGUUGUUGUUGAAACAGAAGAGAUGUACAAAGCUCGCAAAGAGGCAGAAGCCAACCACAAAGCUUUGCGCCCGGCUCUUGUUGUCAGUCAUUCAAUCCCUGCUCCAGAUUCAUCCAACAUGUCUUUGAGUACUUUCACCAGAUGGUAA